GACCCAGCCUUUGGCGGUUUCUCUCUCUGUCUGUCAGAUUUUGAUUCAUUUGCUCAUUAUUUAUACAAUGGUUGAGUUUUCGGUAUCCGGUUUGCCAGCAAGAGCCCAGAAUCGCGCGUUAUUAUUUAAUUCCAAGUCUCUCUCAAUGGAAAUCUCGAUCUGUCGUUAAAUUAUUCCAAUUGGCGUCUUCCCAUUCCGACCCUCUGCUUCGGGUGCUUUGGAACUCGAUUGAGGGUGGAAAUGUUGUUUUGAUUUGAUGUGAAUUCGACAGACACCGUUAGGAGGAGACUGAGAUAAUGGCUUUCGCUCAGAAAUUUAAUUGCUCAUGGUCUCUCGGGGUGUCAAUUACUUCUAUAAUAGCAUUGGUUACUGUGGUUCAUUUGUUCUUCUUUCCUUUGAUGCCUUCUUUGGAUAACUUAAGGCGAAUUCACAACUCUGGUUUCGCCAUUAACUCGUCUACUGAAGCCUAUAGCAACCAUCCCGAACAAGAUCCAGGUCCACAACCCGUCGAUUUGAAUCUUAAGUUUCCUCCUGAUUCUCACCAUGCUGUUAUGUAUCAUGGUGCACCAUGGAAGUCUCAUAUAGGGCGGUGGCUUUCAGGUUGUGAUGCAAUUAUCAAAGAACUCCAGAUUGUUGAGUUAGUAGGUGGCAGUAGCUGCAAAAAUGACUGCAGUGGGCAAGGUGUUUGUAACCAUGAAUUUGGACAAUGUCGAUGCUUUCAUGGAUUUAAUGUGUCACAAGGGCUGGUAUGGAAUAGAUUGCAGCGUUCCAUCUGUUCAAGUAUCUGUGAGAGAAUGGCCUCAAUGGCUACUACCUGCUCGGAUUGACAUACCUGAUCGUCUGCAUAUCACCGAAAAAGAUCUUAAACCUACAGUAAAUAAAAGAAGGCCCUUGAUAUAUGUCUAUGAUUUGCCUCCGGAAUUCAACAGCCAUCUACUUCAGGGGCGUCACUGGAAGUUUGAGUGUGUUAACAGAAUCUAUGAUGACAAGAACGCAACAAUAUGGACAGAGGAUUUGUAUGGUGCAGAGAUGGCCUUCUAUGAAAGCAUCUUAGCUAGUCCACAUCGAACAUUGAAUGGUGAAGAAGCAGACUUUUUCUUUGUUCCAGUUCUUGAUUCGUGCAUCAUAACUCGGGCUGCUGAUUCUCCUCAUUUGAGUACGAAGGACCACAUGGGCUUGAGGAGCUCUCUAACACUGGAUUAUUACAAGAAGGCUUAUGAUCACAUUAUUGAGCAGUAUCCUUACUGGAAUCGCUCUUCUGGACGAGAUCAUAUAUGGUUCUUUUCGUGGGAUGAAGGUGCUUGCUAUGCCCCCAAGGAGAUAUGGAACAGCAUGAUGUUGGUUCACUGGGGUAACACAAACUCUAAGCAUAACCAUUCAACAACAGCAUAUUGGAGUGACACUUGGGAUAAAAUAUCUUCUACCAGAAGAGGGAACCAUCCGUGCUUUGACCCCAAUAAAGAUCUUGUGGUUCCUGCAUGGAAACGUCCUGAUGGGAGUAGAAUGAGCAAGAAACUUUGGGCUAGACCACGCGAAGAUCGGAAGACGCUCUUCUUCUUCAACGGAAAUCUUGGACCUGCUUACCCAAAGGGGAGACCAGAGUCCACGUAUAGUAUGGGCAUUAGACAGAAAGUAGGAGAAGAGUUCGGAUCGAGCCCGAACAAUGAAAGCAAACUUGGUAAACAACAUGUCGACGAUGUUAUUGUUACCCCGUUACGUUCUGAAAAUUAUCAUGAAGAUUUAGCAAGUUCUAUUUUCUGUGGUGUGAUGCCUGGUGAUGGUUGGAGCGGUCGUAUGGAAGAUAGUAUUUUGCAAGGAUGCAUCCCUGUCAUCAUUCAGGAUGGAAUUUUCCUUCCAUAUGAGAAUGUGCUCAACUAUGAGAGUUUUGCUGUUCGCAUAGGUGAAGAUGAUAUUCCGAAUAUGAUCAACAUUCUUAGGAGAUUCAACGAGUCAGAAAUUGAAUUCAAGCUAUCAAAUAUACGGAAAAUCUGGCAGAGAUUUUUGUAUCGCGAAUCUGUUAUGCUGGAAGCUCAGAGACAGAAAGCCGCUUACGGCUAUCUGGAGGAUUGGGCAGAUGAAUAUUCUCAUCUUAUCGAAGACGAUGCUAUUGCUACAAUUUUACAGGUUCUACACUACAAGUUGCAUAACGAUCUUUGGAGGCGGAACGUUCACUCGAAAAAGGAGUUCGGGUUACCCCAAGAGUGUCUAGUUCAAAACAACUGAAAAUCUAGCCCUAUAUCAAAUACUCAAAUCUGUUGCUGCAUUCAUCAUGGCGUUAAAGAAACGGCAAGAUGUCAAGAUGGCAGCUUAUUUUUUUCAUCCAGGCAUUCCCGAUCUAGAAUAUGACUACAUGGGAGCUCGAGAUGACUGCAUCGUCCUCUUUGAUACUGCCCGGAAGCCCAGCUCUCUUUCCUUUCUCAAUUUAUGAUUGAUUUUUGAACCAAAUGUGAACCACAGAAUAAUAUGAUAUGUUCCAUCAUUCCAUUCCCCCACCAAAAGUAUAUUCAUUAAGGAUGUUUCUAGUAGCAGCAGCUUUGUUAUAUUUUUUUUUGGACAACUCAUAGUCGAAGCUUCGCUCUCCUAUACCGAGACGCCUCAAGGCCCAGGCUUAGAUCAAGAAUUUUCUUGUUAAGCUCGCCCAAAGGUCGAAUGUGCAACCUCUGGGUAGGUGUUAUUUAGGUUUGUUAUAUUUUUUUGUUAGUAAGAAUGAUCCAGAAAUGUAAUUGAAGUUCUUUCAUACACAGUUUGAAUAAACACUGUUGUCACCUUGAAAAGUAGUUGGUGAAGGACUUCUGAAUAUAUUGUAGCAGUAAUUUGAGUUAA